AUGCCACGUACAGCUCUGACUUUGUCAGAUAAAGUUAAACUAAUCGAGUUGAAGGAGACACAAAAACUAAGUACGAAGGAACUUAUUACUAGAUUUAAAUGUGGAAAAACUCAAGUUUACGACGCGAUAAAAAAUAAAGAAAAGAUUAUGRAUGAAUGGGUAAAUAGCAAAAACUCGGGAAAGAGUAAAAGAGUGAAAACUCCCUCAUUYGAACAAAUUGAUCAAAAGUUGUAUGAGUGGUUUGUCAGCGUUCGGUCAAAAAAUUUGCCAAUUUCCGGUCCAAUUAUACAAACAGAAGCUAUGAAAUUUGCUGAAAAAAUGAAUGUCAAAGAUUUCAAGGCUUCGAACGGUUGGCUAGAAAAUUUUUAA